AUGUCAAACGUCGGGAAAAUUCGGCUUAAAUCCCUUGUUGAGCUACAAGCCACAACAAAAAUAAAUGAAGCCUUAGGGAAAUCAGUCAGUCAAUCAAUCGACGUCGGAGAGAAAACCCCUGAGAAGAAAAACCCGGGAAAAUCAACUGGUGCUACAACCACGAGGAAAAACAAACCGAAAGUUGUUCAAAAAGCGGCUUCGAUUAUAGCAAAUACUACUAUUAAACGUUCGUCUAAGAAAACGCCACUUCCUGGGCAGUUGCGCAUCGAUUCCUUCUUCAAAAGCAGCGCGAAAAGCCUCAAGAUGGAGAACAAACCGCAUACAUCUCGGAUAGGGAUAGUUCCCAAGACAGCCAACAAGAAGCCAGCUCCAAAGUCGAACAAAGGACGCAAGCGCUUGUUCGACGAGGCGGCCACCACAUCAACAACGACCACAGACGGAUCAGACAUGGAACAUCUCACCAAGCGUGUCCAGCCGCCACGCAAAGCAAGGGGCAAGGAGAACACAAGUAUGACCGACGCGAAUGUCAUUGAUCUCUGCUCGGAUUCGGAGUCUGAGGACUCGGACGAUUUGAGAAACUUCAAAUUAGAACCACCAACAGAAUGCAAAACUCCCAAGACUGGGGAUAUUAAAGGAAAUCAGCUCAGCCCACGGAUAGUGAACGAAGCAUGUCCGUCCUCGCCAAUGGUUUCGAUUCCCAGUGAACUCCUCCUUGGAGAUGUUUCCAUUAAGGAAAAUCUGCUCAGUCAGUCCUCACGCUCCACCACAGUGGCUCCCCACGAAAGUCCCAGUACAAAUGCUUCGCCCAAGAAAAAGGUUGCGUCAGUUUCAACCGUUGUUUCUAAUCGCAAUAAAAGGGCCAAUAGAAGGGGUGUCCUGGCAGCAGGUACGUCACCGCCAAUUCCCAAUAAAAAAGGUUUCCUUGCUUCACUGUCAGUUCCGAAUGAACCUGGAAACCCAGACACUUCGUCCGAGAAAAUUGUGUCCAAUGGACGUAAGCAGAGGACGCCCAAACCAUGUCCGCCCUAUAAAGUUGUUGAGGGCACACACUUUUGUGUCGAUGGCUUCCAGUUUGGAGUCAUACCAGGCGUGACUCAUUAUUUCCUAACCCACUUUCAUGCGGAUCAUUAUAUUGGUCUGACGAAGAAGUUUGCAUUUCCACUGUUCAUGAGUCCCCUAACGGCUCGCCUGGUGCGAGCAUUCAUAAAAAUAGAUGAGAUGUACAUCCAUGAGAUUGAUGUGGAUCAGACCAUUCUAGUGGACAACAUCCAGAUCACCGGCAUAGAGGCAAAUCAUUGUCCGGGAGCCCUUAUGUUCUUCUUCAAGAUGUCUUCAGGUGAAUGCAUUCUCCACACGGGUGAUUUUCGUGCCAGCUUCGAAAUGGAAUCGCUACCGAUAUUUUGGAACAACAUCGAUAUAGAUCUGCUCUAUUUGGACACCACAUAUCUCAGUGGGAACUAUGAUUUUUGCCACCAGACCGAAAGUGUCGAUAGAGCGGUGUAUAUGGUGCAGAAAUUCCAUGAAAGGUAUCCAGGAAAACGCAUACUCUAUGUGUGUGGCUCCUAUGUUAUAGGAAAAGAAAAGAUUUGGCUGGCUUUGGCCGAAAAAUUCUCGUUGACUGUCUGGACAGAGGCACAUCGUCGCAUUGCCAUCGAUUGUCUGGAGUGGCCUGACCUCCAAUCGCGACUGAAUGACGAUCCAUACCAAGCCAAUUUGCAUGUUAUAGGCAUGGGAAAAGUUACCUAUUUGGUUUUGGCAGAGUAUUUUAAGCAAUUCGAAGAUCAAUACGACAUGCUACUGGCCAUUCGUCCUAGUGGCUGGGAGAAGAACAGCAAGCCCUCCUAUGGGAAGCGCAUCAGCAUAAUUGGCAUUGAGUACUCGGAGCAUUCCAGCUACAAGGAGCUCGAGCGCUUUGUGCGUUUCAUUAAGCCCAGGCGGAUUAUCAGCACUGUUCCGGUGGGCAGGGAUCUAUUCGUAACUGGAAAGGUGCCAGCCAAAUGGUAUCAGUUCAAGGGACAUCUUUCUCUGAUGACCAGAGGAUAUCAACCAUCAAUAUCGACGUUUCUGGCCACACCAAAUCGUAAAAAGCCGCCAUCAAGAACUGAAAUGGCACUGAGUCCAGUGGACGAAAACAAAACUGAUUGGGAAACUACUGUCCAAGAUCAUGUGACCAUUUCAUCUAGCAAUUCGGAAAAUAGCACUAUCAUCGAAGGAAUUCAGAAUAAAGAAUCUCAUGGUGAUGGCAGCGAUGUGCCGCUGCACAAGAGCGAAAGUCCGGUCAAGUCUAAGCCCAGUACAGAUGAAGAAGCCUUACUCAACAGACUUACAUCUGAUGCUUCCGAUGACUGGCUGGCGGAUUCAUAGAAAUAUCUCGCCCCAUCUUUAAUCAUUUUUAAUUUUGUUUGUAAAUAAGUAAUAGUUUGCCUGUUAAAACCUGUUACCAUUCUCAGGCUAGUUUUGUUAAUUCAAGGACCCUUAUAGAGUACAAAGUAUGUGGAGCUUACACUUUCUUUUAUAUAUUUCCAACUUGUUAUUAUAUAUGUAUACAUUCCACUAAAUCCACCUUAAUAUUCAAAUAGUUAUUCUGUGUGCAAGCUGCUACCUCACUACUCCAUGUACAUUCUACAAUAAAUUAAAUUAUAGUUUAUAUAAAGAAACAACUAAAUGUAGUAUAUAAGUAUAAGUAUAAAUGUGAAUAACAAUCAACAUAGGCCAUUUGGGUAGGCUAAAAUUAUUCAAUGCUAAAGAAUGAAUGAGUUUUGAUUACUUUUUCACUGAUAUGUUCGAUGCAAGUGUGGGAUAAAU